AUGACGAAAGUCGUGCCAUUUGAUCCACCUUGUAUUGCACCUACUGCCCUCCACACAGUGACCCAACGUCAAACAAACCCCUUAAACGUCUGUCUGAUGGUUUUGACAACAAUGGCAUUUGCAUACGGUAUUGCAUUCCUCGUCGUGCAUGCACAACAAAUUUACGGUGCCUGUUACACUAUAUCCACUCCGCACCUCGUACUCGAUUCAAUAUCCAUCUCCAACUUCAGCCUCUCGUCUCGUCAGGUUUCCGCGGAAUGGGACGUCAGGAUGAAUCUCGAAAGCUGGGUCCGUCGUGGAUAUAUAAACCUUCAUGAUAUUACAAUUUCGAUAUUUUACGAAGCGUUACAAGUCGGAUUGACUAGUCUUGUCCCGUUCGAUGUGAGUCCUCGUAAUUCCACCGUAUACUUUGAGAAAAAAUUUAGGGGAUCGUCGGGGUUAGUUGAUGAUUCCAUGAUUAAGGCCAUGAACGAAAAUAUUGUAGCUGGUACGGUAAAAUUACAUGUUCAGUUUAAAGGUUCGGUGAGAAAAUCUUUCAAAGGCCGUUGGGUUGAUCACUUGGAGUUGCUAGUUGAUUGUAAUAACGUGGAGUUAUUUUUUGGAUCUUCUGAUAAGUCACGGGCACAGAUGUCGAAUCCUUCCCGCAAAUGCCGACCUGUGCUACUUGGUAAUUACGAUAAUUAG